AUGCAGAUACUCCGCCCAACGAUAGUCAGUCUGGUACCGAGACUUCUGAACAAAUUCCAUGAUCACAUUCAUGUGCAGAUUUCAAAGAAGAAUCUUAUUAUCCGGACACUCUUCGCUCAUGCAAAAGAGGUGAAACUGAGAAUGUUACGUGAUGGAAUUCAGCGAUACGACACCAUCUGGGACAAAUUGGUCUUCAAGAAGAUCCACGAUCAGUUCGGUGGUCGGCUUCGGAUGCUCACUACUGGCGGUGCUCCAGUCAUUCCGUCCGUGAUGGAGUUCACGCGGAUUGCUUAUGGAUGCCCCCUGAUGGAAGGGGCCUACGGCUGCUUUUCCCGACUAGUUCAGCACUAUGUGCGGCGGCUGGUCAAAUUGGUGGAUGUCGCAGAGAUGAACUACUUUGCAGCUCAGGAUAAAGGAGAGGUUUGUUUCCGUGGUGCAGCAGUAAUGAAGGGUUACUUCAUGGAUGAAGAGCUUUCAAAGAAAACUAUCGAUGAGGAGGGUUGGCUUCAUACUGGUGACAUUGGCGAAUGGCAACCGAAUGGAUCACUGAAAAUCAUCGACCGGAAAAAUGCACUGUUUAAACUCGCCCAAGGGGAUUUUGUGUCACCGGAACAAAUUGAAGCUGUCUAUCUUAACUCGCCUCUCAUUGAGCAGAUUUUCAUCACUGGAAUGACCACACGAUCGUUCCUCGUCGGCAUUGCUGUCGUGAACAUGACAAUUUUACGGACAACUAUCGCUGGACGAUCCGAGCUCGCCAAAUACGUCUCUUUUGCCGACGAUGAGCUACUUUCUGAGGCUGACAUUCGACAGUUUGUGCUCAAAGAGCUCAAUCAGACCGCGAAAUCGAAAAAACUUCAAUCGAUCGAGCUCAUCAAGGAAAUCCAUCUCACUUCUGAGGAAUUCACUGCGGAAAACGGCUUGGUUACGCCAACGUUGAAGCUGCGACGUCAUCUUUUGAAACAACGAUUUGAAAAGGAAAUUGAGAAAAUGUACAAUUCAAUACCAACAAUGUAG